GUAGGAGUAAGAGAUUAGUUAGUUAGUAGGGAUAUGGAUAUAUUGUACUUAUCACCGAUAACAAUAAUAUGUUAAAUAUUGUUCGUUGUAACUCACACAGAUCUCACAGCAUAGAACGUUUACCCCAACUUCUCGCCGGAGCCGAUCGAUGAUUUCCGGCCCUGACUCAUAAUUUUUCACUACUACUAACUAACAGAACAUAAGGAUCUUCCAGUGGUUGUAGGUACUAACACAUACAGACAGGAUGAGAGGCAGUAGCAGGAUUCUAAACAAUUCCAAUUGUUUGUUACGAAUCCAAAAUGCUGUGUUCAAGAAAGAUACUACCAAAUUAUCACCACGUAUCUUCCCUAAUCCUAUAAGUCAUUUUGAAAUAUAUCGUCCUAAUGAUAGAAAUAAUCAUCCUUCAUUUUGGACAGUAUUAGGACCUGAAAAGUCACAAUUACUUCAAGUUAUAUCGGGAAAUUAUAUUGCAGAUCCACCAUUAUCAAGAGUAUAUCCUCAUUUAGCUAAAGACUUUAAGUAUCAUGAAAUACAAUUCUUAAACUUUAGAGAUAGAUCAGGAUUAGAUAAAGUUCAUAUGUCAGCUAGAUAUGAAACUUAUGCAUCUAAAGGUGAACUUGAGAUGUCUGAUAAUGUUAAUUCUGUAAAGAAUUAUAUUACUGGAGCUAAUAAUUAUAAUGUUAAAGUAGAUACUCAAAUAAUUGAUUAUACUUCACAAUUAUUAAAUUUAUUCAAUUUAGAACAUUUACAAAAUAAAUGGAUUAAUACUUUAAGUAAUGGACAAUUAAGAAGAGCUAGGAUUGCCAAGUCAUUACUGUCUAAACCAAGUUUAUUAAUCAUUGAUGAUCCCUUUUUAGGUUUAGAUCCUCGAGCAACAGAUAUGGUAUCAAAAUCUUUAUACAGAGUUAGUCAAGAUUUAGGUACUAGUAUAGUACUUGGAUUAAGAGUUCAAGAUGAAAUUCCUCAAUGGAUUGAUCAUAUUGCUUACGCUGAUGAAAAUGGGUUAAAAUUUAGUGGGAAAAGAGAUGAAGUAUUUGAUCAAUUAACUGAAAGUGUUAAAUCGAUUGAAGGAGUUCAUGAAAUUCAUGAAAGACAUUUAAAUAAACAUAAAAAUCCUAUUGAAAUUACUAAUGAAUCCUUAAGACAAAUAGAUAUAGCACCUCAUGUUGAAUUUAAUAAUGCUUCGGUAGCUUAUCGAGGAUUAGUAAUAUUUAAAGAUUUUAAUUGGGUAAUUCCUAAAGGUUCUAAAUGGAGAAUCUUAGGAGAUAAUGGAACUGGUAAGACUACUUUAUUAUCACUUAUUACGGCCGAUCAUCCUCAAUCAUGGAGAUCAGUAAUGUCUAUUAAUGGUAUUGAAAGAAAGACUGGUAAUGGAAUUUCAUUUUUCGAUGUCAAUAAUAGAAUUGGAAUAUCUUCACCAGAAUUACAUGCUUUAGUUCCUGAACAUACUAAAACUAUGUAUGAAAUUAUAUUAAAUGGAUUAGUUAAAGAUGUAGGUAAUUCCAACUUUAUGAUGAAAGGUAAACAAGAGAAUCUUACAGAAUUUGGUCGUAAUGUUUUAUCACAAUUUCAAGAUCGAUUAGAUAUUUACGGUAAUAGUAAAUUUACUGAUUUAACUAUUACUGAUCAAAAAUUAACUUUAUUCUUAAGAGCUAUUAUAAAGAAACCAGAAUUAUUAAUUCUUGAUGAAGCCUUUUCCUGUAUGGAUGAUGAAGAAAUUAUGAUAAGAUGUCAUGAUCUUAUUGAAACAGAUCUUAAGGAUGUUACGGUACUUACCAUUGGUCAUAUUGAUUGGGAAGUACCACGGUGUGAUUAUUUAUUACGAUUAUAUGGUGAUGAAGAUCGCCAUUAUAAACUAUUUAAGUAUACGUAGUGAUCGCUUAACUACUGCGGUCGGGGUGUAAACUUCACGUACCCCUAUUUUUUUUCCCUUAGCAUCCAGUACAUUAUAGAACGGAAAUAUACGUACUGGCCCCCAAUUGGCAUUAUCAAUGCUUAACAGUAAAACUACGCCACUCUCCAUUAACCUCAGCCUACACUACGUAAUUACUUGGUAUACUAUAUAAUUUUUAUCUAAUUUCUAUCAUCCCCUAACAAACACCCCGAUACCCGUGUUCCCAUUCCGGAAUGGAGCCAAGGUUUGCCAAUCGACCUUUCCCGUUUGG